AUCGAAGUCUUGAAUAUGAAGCCGUCUGAGGUUGCAAAAAUGAUGAAUGAUUAUGAAUGGAUUGCUUCAGAGAAACAUCUAUUUGGACAAGCAAACACUGCGUACGAUUUCAAAACAAACAAUCCCAAGGAAGCAGGGCAGAGACUGCAGAAGCUGCAAGAGAAAAAAGAGAAACUUGGUAGAAAUGUCAACAUGAGGGCAAUGAACAUGCUCACCCAGGCUGAAGAGAGGUUCAUUGUGGUGUCACUGAAAGACAGUAUGUUUAACAACUCCAAUGUCCUCUUCAAGACAAAGUUUGUUGAUGGCGUCUCCACAGUGGGCAGGUUUGCUCAAAAUCAGAAUGGCGGCGGUUCAGUUGGGCAACAGAAAGAAAAAAGGAAAGCGAAGGAAAGAAGGAAUCGCAUGGAAGUUGAUAAUUGAUUAAAAACUCCUCUUAGAGACGUUCAUAUUCCAGCAAAGGAAACUUGGAUUGUGUCUUUAUUCUAGAUUUUAUGUUAGAUCCUUGUAUUUCUGCUGCAUUUUGGCUACUUCUAUUUAUCUCUGCUAUUCAUUACAUCCUACAAAGAGACCAGAUUUACAUCUGAGAUACUUCCUUUUUAUGUGUUUAUUUUUGUAUAUGUAUAUAAAUGUGUGUUUUUCAUUGUUGUAAGCCCAAAUAAUUAUUGGUUUGUAUAGCACAAUAUAUGUCUUGUAGGAGUUAGAAAACAAACACAUGCAUUGAUUCUGCUAUUAAUGUACUGGUAAGGAAAGCUCCUGUGUUUAUAAAUGUGUCUUCUGUCAUUCUGUGUGUUCUUAUUUCACUGAUAUUUCUAAUCUCAAAUCUCAUUUUUUAUAAAGAAACUUUUUUCCAAUGAGCAACAUUA